UUUAUCAGUGUUGAACGACAUCGCAAAUGAUUUCAUUCAGAAUUUCGCUGUGACCUAAGAUGCCAUUCACACAAAAUACUUCCUGCAAACCGUUGUGAUUUUUUGAUUUACCGGACGGUCACACUGUUUCCUGCGAACCGUUGUGAUUGUUGUUGAUUUUUUGUAUUUAUUAUUGUUGUUCAAAAAACUACAAGUUUUGGUAGUUAAAAGAGGCUAAUUAAUGAGAAAUGCGCCUGACGAAGCUCUGGCAGAAUCGCUCGUCCGGCGACCGGCACUUGAGCACCUACUUCUGCUUUGCGGCAGUGCGCUUGCUGCUGGUUUUUGUGCCCCAACUGGGCUAUGUGCAUCCAGAUGAGUUCUUCCAGAGCGUGGAGGUGAUGACAGGCGAUCACUUUCGGCUGGAACACACCCGCAGCUGGGAGUUCAACAACUCGCUGCCCGUGAGGUCAAUAGUUCUGCCAUUCGCGCUGCUCCGGAUUCCCUGGAGUUUCUACGAAUUCAUUGCCGAAUGCCUGAGAGCCGGCUGGCAAUUGGAGCUUCUGGGCACGUACACCUAUGUGGUCUUUCCCCGUCUGAUCUACACCUUGAUUUCCUACUCCAACGACUAUUGUUUGUACCGCAUUUGCCGGCUGUAUGGUCUUCGCUUCGAAAUCCGCCUUUUGGCCAUGGGCAGCUCCUGGAUUCUGCUGGUCUUCGGCACACGCACCUUCUCCAACAGCCUGGAAAUGGCCAUGUGCUCGUGGCUGCUCUGCCUGGUCUCCGAGUGCAUGCUGCGCACCAAUACGGUGGUCUACAAGAAGGAGUUUCUCGAGGAGAAGUACGACAAGGCGGAGUCCAUCAGUGAGCGAGUGCGGAUCUGGAAGCUGAAGAACUCGCUGCCGGCGCACAAUCUGCAGCACCUGAUGACCAUGUCCACGAUCUGUGUGGCUGGGGUUUUCAAUCGACCCACAUUCCUGCUCUUCGGAGCGCCCAUGGUCUUCUUUUGGCUGCUGCGAGGAAUGGGCACCAGGAGCGUUACCUUCCGGGACUUUAACCUGCGGAUUGUGCUCUUCUGUUUGUGCGCACUGCCCGCCCUGGCGGUAUUCAUCUUCUGCGACUCCUUGUACUACCAGCACUUGACCCUCGGAGAACUGCACAUGAUGCAACUAAGCAUCGAUAACUUUGUCUUCACGCCGUGGAACUUCAUCAAGGCGAAUCUGGACUCGGCCCAGACAGCCAGCCAUGGAGUGCAUCCCUGCUAUGUCCACCUAAUGGUCAACAUGCCCAUGCUCUUCAACGUCCUGGCACUGGCUUCGUUGGGAGCCUUUGCCCAGCUGCUGCUUAGGUUCUUCCGGGCGGAGUAUCAAGUGCUGCCGCGCUUCCAGAGCAUCGUGUCCCUGAUGUCGGGGGCCAUAUUCGUGCCGCUCUUCUUUCUCUCGCUGAUUAACCACCAGGAGCCGCGUUUCCUGCUGCCCGUCACGUUUCCCCUCCUGCUGCUACAUGCCCCCAAGCUGAUCACGGGAUUCAGUGCCAAGUAUCCCUUCCAAAAGGAUCACCCGCUGCUGCGACGCUUCUACGACAGGCUACUUUCCAGCAAAGCCUCGGGACCCUAUCUGCUGAAGAUCUGGUACGUGAGCAACGUGGCGUUGACCCUCUUCUUUGGCUUCAUCCAUCAGGCGGGAGUUUAUCCCCUGGCGGCGGAAAUCUCGCAUGUGGUGGCCACCAAGCCGGCUGCCACGCACGUUCACCUGAUCACAUCGCACAUCUAUAGCUUGCCCCUGCAUCUGAUCAACAUUCCCAGCUCGAGAGUGCUGCACUUUAAUAGGCAGACGCAUCAGCGAUAUCGUCGUCCGCGGGAUUUCUUGUACGAGUACGGAGGACUUUCUCUGGACCUGCUGCUGCAGAAGGUGAAGCUUAUCAGUGGCAACUGCGAGGUGAAGCAGUCGGGAGCCAGUCGCCUUCGCUACAAGCUCUACAUGGCCAUUCCGGCAUCGCUCAGUGCAGAUCUUCACGAGGCACUGGUGCACUCGAAUGCCAGCAGCUACCUCAACUUCGAGCUGAUCAACGUCUUCUAUCCACAUCUCUCCACGGAGGCGUUGCCCCGCCUGCAGGGCAGGCAUCCCUGCGAUGUGGAUGCUCCCCAUUGGGCCCACGACGAUCUGCGGGGCACCUGUGCUCUGGAACAGCCACCAGCACUCAGCUUUGCCUACCUGAACAAGCAAUUCAGCUCCUUCGUCCAUCAACUUGGACUGGCGCUGUACGAGAUCGAUGUUAAGCGCAAAAAGCCGCUUUCUGUGUAAGAAUCAGUUGGCCACUCGGGAUGUUCAGCGUUUAAGGAAUCGAUUUUGCCUUCCUUCCUUUAGUUCCUCAUCUGCUUGGCCCUCUGCAUCGCCGCCGCCCAGGCUGGCUACAUUGCCUCCCCGGUGGCCACCUAUGCCGCCACCUAUGCCGCUGCUGCUCCUGUGGCCUACAGUGCUCCCGUGACCACCUACGCUGCCGCCGCUGCUCCUGCCUACUCCACCUACGCCGCCGCUGCUCCUGCUUUCUCCACCUAUGCUGCUGCCGCUCCUGCUUACUCCACCUAUGCCGCCGCUGCUCCCGCCUACACCGCCUCGGUGUACGGAGCUCCAGCUUACACCGCUCCCGUGGCCACCUAUGCCGCUCCCAUCACCACCUACUCGGCUCCGGCCAUCGUCAGCCCCUUCCUGAAGAAGAAGUAAACGGGUGGACCCACUCAUUGACACAUUCACACGAUUCGAUACACUAAAUAAACCGACAACUUAAGAAAACGUAUUUGAAAGCGAUAUAAGUGUGUGCAUUUUUAAACAGAUAAAUGGUAAUAGCUAUGACACAGAUUAAGAACUUUACAUCAGCAAAGCUGACUGUUGAGUUUAAGCGAACACUCUGACUUGUUUGAAAGCAUUAUUGGGGUGCAUAUGCUAACAGAGAAUUACUAACGGCUAUCACAUUGACCUUACCUUUAAGAAGUUUUAAUCUAUACCUUAGAAUUAGAAUAGAAUCUAAAAGAAACAUAUAAACUAUCCAUUGAAAAUUAGCUUGACCUUAUACCUAG